AUGGCUCGAAGAAGGACCACACGUGCAUCAUCACGACGUCGCACACGGAUCAGCUCCUAUUCAUGCCCACCACCGUUAAACAUUGCCUUUGAUGUUUGGGUCUUUGGAAUUAUGCAAUAUCUUGAUCCGAUCUCAGUGAUACGAUUAUCUCAAGUUAACACUCUUUUUCAUAAAAUCAUUUCCAAAGAUUUGGAUGAUAUCGAAUAUUGGGCACAAAUUCAAUAUGAAUGGGUUUUUAAAUUGUGGAUUCAAUCUUGUUUUUGUUGUGGUGAACAUGCUACGAUCACUCUCGAUGCGGCAACACCCAAUGAGAAUCCUUUAACAUCGUUCAUGAAAAAGAAAUUGGAAAAAGUGGUCCAAGGUCAUGAAUUAUAUCAACAGGUCGUACAAAUGAAACAAAACCUUGUUGAAAUCGAGACAUGCAGUUAUGAACUGAAGAAAGGAGCUGGAUUUUUUAAGAAAUUAACAUUGAAAUUGUGGCAAGAUUAUUUACUAGAAACGAGAAAUCAUCAUGUACAUUUCACUGCUGGUGAAAUUUUGAAAACAAAUGAACAGGAACGACAAGAAACUUUGCCGGCUUCCCCAAUGUUGAACAUUUACAGCCCAUUGUCAGUAGAUAUUCUUUACGAUCCAAACAUGUCCAUCAGUGUUAAUAUAGUGGGUUAUUUUUGCUAUGGAGAUGCACGACAUUAUGGUUAUUCAUAUUACAAUUCACAUUUCAAGAGCGGUAUUGUAAUACCAGCAUUGGGAAAUAGCUCAACUCUUGUAGUUCCGAGAUCGAACAUGUUGAAUUAUGAAAUUCAUUUAGACAAAGUCUUUUUUACAGAGCAAAGCUUACCAAUGAAGCAAUCAGGUUUUGAAAAAUAUAAUUUUGGAACUCAGCAUGCUUCUCAAACGUUCGCUGUCUGCAUGUUCAAUCGAUUUGACAAGGAAUCUUGGAAUUAUGUGAAAACGAAUCUGGUUCAUUUUAUGAACUCACAUACAACCACUCCAGUCAUCGUAGUUGGAAUGAAUUUUCUUUGGUUAUGUUCUCAACAAUCGUUCAGCAAGAAGAGUAACAGCGUUCCAGAUAUUCCAUUACAAACUUGCAAUGAUUUCAUUCCGCUUCAUUCAGAAAUUAUGAAUUAUUGUAGAAAAUACAAUCAAAUCAAGGCAUUUGUAAAUUUAAAACCUGCCAAGGAAGAUGAUCUUUCAGUAUUUAUGAACGAAAUUUUGAGAGUUUGUGUCAUGCACUUGAAUUCAUUAGAAAACAAAAGUGACUCAACCAAAAAUUAG